CCCUGCAACAAACAUCGAGACAUCCCAAAUCCAUCCAACAAAUCCCUUUCACAAAUCACACACACCACAUCACACCAAACACAAACACACACACACACACUUAGUCAAAUGGGUUGUGUAUCUUCCAAACACAUCAAGAAAGAUCUCAAAAAAGAGAUCCACCAUGUUGUUUCCCUCACUUCUUCAACCUACGGUGCUCUGAAACUCGACAAAGAUCAGCAACCAUCACCACCCAUCACGCCGUCGCAACAGAAGAUAACGCCGCCGAGAAGGUCCCACCAAGGGCCGCCAGAGAUCAUCAAUACUUGGGAGCUGAUGAAGGAUCUUGAAGACGAACCACAGGUACCCAUUCCAGUUUCAGAGAAGAAAAGCCCCAAAUUGCGACGUGGGUUCCCGGAAAUCGAUGUGAAAACUCCGAUGAAGUUCUUGAAUCAGAUAGGCUCUUCUCCGAAGGUGUCAAAGAGGUUUUCAGGCAAAGAAAAUAAGAGAGUUGGGUCGCAGAAAUCAGAGUUUAGUCCAAGGACGACGAUCAUAAAGGCGUCAACUUUACCCCCGAAUCUGAGGAUCUCAAAGAAGAGUGGCUUCGAAUCGCCGGUGGAUUCAAGUUUGAACUCAGCAAGAAGGAGGAAUCUCGGGCCAUUGUUUGUUGAUUCAAAUGGGAACAAGAAAUUUCAAGAGAAAGAGCAGAUCAAGAAGAUGGUUUCAGGAACAUCCAAAAGUCAAAAAUCAAGAAACUCCAUAGAAUCAAACUCGAUACUUGAGGCUCUCGAGAAGAAAUCCCCUCCCGGCGGUGAAGAUGCGGUGGUGAUUUACACCACCACAUUGAGGGGAAUCCGAAAAACAUAUGAGGACUGUAACACCGUUCGUGGAAUCAUUGAAUCACACCAUGUUCGUAUGAUUGAACGUGAUAUCUCCAUGGAUUCAGGGUUUAAGGAAGAACUAAGGCUGCUAUUAGGCAAGAAGCAAGUGAAGGUGCCGAUCGUACUAGUGAAAGGGAGAUUGAUCGGUGGAUCAGAUGAAAUAAUGAAGUUAGAGGAGGAGGGUAAAUUGGGGAUUUUACUAGAUGGGAUUCCAACAGUGGCGGCGGCGGAUGCCGGCUGCAAGGGUUGUGGUGGGGUACGGUUUGUGAUGUGUACGGUGUGCAAUGGGAGUUGUAAGUUGAUAGGCGGCGACGGGAGGAGGAGCAUCAAGUGUGUAGAUUGCAAUGAAAAUGGGUUGGUUCAAUGCCCCAUUUGUUGUUAAAUUACAAGUUUGGACAUGACGAAUUUGCAGGUUAGUACAGAAUCAUAAUAUGUUUUUUUAUCCUUAAAUUUUGACCAUUUUGGUCAUAAAUCAAGGAAAUUUUAGGGGAUUUGUAGGUCACUUGGUUUUAUGCCAAAAUAUUUAUUUGUUAAAAUUAUAUGAGUUUUGUUUGACUUUUUAGUCAACGGGACAUGUAGUUGACAAGUUUCAACUUUUGAUGCUUAUUUGUUUGCUUUU